UACAACAUCAGUAGAUUGUACGUACAUAAUAUAAGGGCACAGACCUCGGGCUAAACUUGUACAUUGUAGAAUGCCUACAUGUACAGAGUGUUUUAUCUACACGGGUUUUAAAAGGCCGCCAAGGAACACCGACGUCGUCAGGUGGGGACAAGGUGCGUGCACGAUCUCAUGGGCGAGCUGUACAAAAAGACCCUCCAUAAAUCCCGGGUGCCCGCCUAUUUCCACGUGCCAUACAUUGAGACGGGUUACCGCUAUAUUCACCAGCCAUGGAAAUUCUACCUCUACAGCAUCUUUUACAACAAUAUGGAGACUCUAAACGUUUGGACACAUGUGGUUGGCACGCUGCUGAUGACGUCACGUCUAUACCAAAUAUCCGUCAACUUUGACCUUAGUGACCCCUACAUGUGGCCCCUUUUAGCAGCGGUUCUCUCUUUUACGGCCAUGUUUGUGACGAGUAGUACCGCGCAUUUGUUUUCGCACAAAUCUAUGGAAGUUAACUGUUGUAUGUUUAUGGCAGACUUUGCAUGUAUCGGUCUCUAUGGAUAUGGCACCAUACUAACUCACUACUAUUAUUCCUUGGAUCAGUGUUUCUUGGAAUCUGUCCUUCUAAGGAACGUGUUUUACUUCGGUUCAAUACUUGCUGUACUUAGUACUGCUUUUGGGUCGAUGUCCAAAGCUAUAGUUCAUGAUCUCCAUUCCAAACGACGGACAGCCUUAAUAGUUUCAGGUCUAGGUGCAAUAUAUCUUUUGUCCAACAUUCCAAUUCUUCACAGGAUCUGGAACUCAGAGUGGACGGAUGGAAUCGCUCACCACCUCAAACAGAUGGCUAGUAUGAUUGGCGUCUGCUUCUUCUAUUCUACAAAACUUCCGGAACGUCUCUCACCGGGGACUUUUGACUUCAUAGGGAACAGCCAUCAGAUCUUUCAUAUUCUGUUCGUCUUGUGUACACAGAGUCACGUGGACGGCGUCGUCUGGGACAUUAACUUUCGACAGACGUUCGUAGUCCGUCGGCCUCCACCCUCCCUUUGGAACAUAUUUGGAAUCAUUGCUCUUAUCUGUUUAGCAGACAUACUGACUAUGAACUAUUUUCAUUCUAGAUUUAAAAAGAGAUGUUUGAAACAAGAUCCAAAUUCCAAUGAACUGAAGGCGAAGACAUAAGCAUUUCAACCAAUGGUUCGACUUUUAGCCAGCAAUAUUGGAGCUGAGUUAAUUUCCGACCAUUGGUUUGUUUUUUAGUCUACCUCUCUAUACUCUGUUCAGAAUUUUAAGUCAAGAACAGUAGCACAGCAAAUUACCCCUGUUCCUUCACAUUUCCCUUGCUCGCCUUGGAAAAGUGGUAAUCUGACAUUGAAAUCCAACAUGGCUAACGUGUCCUCAAUUUUCGGCAUCAUUCUUUCCAGUAACUGCAUGACGACUGACUAGUCUGCCGACGGACCAUAUUAGAAUGUUCCAUCACGCACAUGGACACACAUCUUCGCUGGCCAAGGGAGUGACGGUCCACUUUUUACAAAGAAAAUAGGAGCGGAUCGUCACCAAUGACUAGAGGAGAUGAUUGAUACGUAGAGAGUAAUUUCUGGUGUGUCGUUAUAAUUUUCUGAUACAUAGGCUUAGAGUUUUUCAGAUACUCAUUUGUUGAAUGUCUCAUUUGUAAACAAUUAUUACUAAAAUUGGAUCUGGUCUACACUUGCCAAAAUGUAACAUAUAUUAUAUUCUACAGUACGCAAGUAUAGUUACGCGUACUCAAGCCCUGUAAAGUCUUUCAGUAUGCCACAUCAUGUUGUGCAAUUUUACUAACAUGUGUAAUGCAACGAAAUGUGUAAUAAAAAACUUUGAUGGUUUCUUUUAUAUACAACGGUUCGUAUA